AUGUCAACAAUCACUAACGAUAUCAAGUUUCCCGAAGGUUUAAGAGUUCUCGCCGUAGAUGACAAUGUUGAUUGUUUGAAACUACUUUGUACGGAUCUUCAUACAUGCAAAUAUAAAGUUACUGCAACAAUGGAAGCAACUAAAGCUAUUGAACUAUUGAGGAAGAAUAAAGAUGAAUUUGACAUUCUCAUUACUCAAACCAAACAUAUGGUUGAUUUUGAGUUCUUGAAGAUCAUAACACUUGAAAUUGGCAUUCCGGUCAUAGUUAUAUCUGAAAACGACAACAAAUAUAUGGUAUUAAAAGGUGUGAUAAAUGGAGCUCGAGACUACCUUGUAAAGCCUGUUCGUAUAGAGGUUCUUAGAAACAUUUGGCAACAUGUUCUCAGGAAGAAAUUGGUCGAUCCUCCUAGAUCGACGACUUUCAUGAAUCCUAAAACUCCCAUGAUAAGAGAAAGGGAAAACAAAAUUGAAGAAAAAGAGUGUGCUCCAAAGAAACCUAGGGUCUCCUGGUCGAAACCUUUACAAGACAAAUUUUCUGAUGUUGUUGAUAAACUCGGUUCAAAAGCGGUUCCGAAUAAAAUAUUGGAAAUGAUGAAUGAACCUCAACUUAAUCGCGGCCACAUUGCUAGUCAUUUACAGAUUCAACAUGACAAACGUUCAUUCCGUUCCAAAUAA